AUGAAGAGCAGCAAACCAGCACAUCUGCGCGAAGUCUGGGCAGACAACCUCGUAUAUGAGUUUUUUCUAAUCAAGGAAGCGAUCUCUGGCUUCCCCUUGGUUGCUUUGGACACAGAAUUCCCUGAAUUCCACUAUGCGUGGCAGUUUAAUUUCCGGGAUUUCAAUAUCAAGCACGAUCAUCACAAUGAAGAGUGUAUUGGGUUACUUGAACGCCAAGGUAUUGAUUUGAAGAAGAACAGAGAGAAGGGUAUUGAUUUCUCAGAUUUUGGAAGGCUGAUUUUGAGUUCUGGACUUGUUUCCAAUAAUUCUUCAAUAACUUGGAUUACUUUUCAUGGCGCUUAUGAUGUUGGAUUCUUGAUCAAGAUUUUAACUAAACGAGAGUUGCCAAGUGAUAUGCGGUCUUUUUUGGGGAUGAUGAGGCACCAGGCAGGAUCUGAUAGCUUGUCAAGUCUUCAAACAUUCGUGAGAUUUAAGGAGUCGUGUGCUAAAAUUGAUCUCGAGAAAUUGAAUGGCUAUGAGGGAAUGAUGUUUGGACUCUGUGAAGGCUGGUUAGGGUUCACUUACGCACCUGAUACAUUCAUGGGAACUCUAGUUUGA